AUAAAUCUCCCAUCCCGAGGAAGCCAUCGGAGCCGAUCCAUCCGUCGCCGCCGAGACGAGCCGGGACGGGCAACAGGAGGAAGAAAGAGAGAUUGGUUGCAAGGAAGGAACAAACGCCGACCACUUCUCAAGGGAAAAAGGGCGAACCAACCCAAAGCGAACCCAACCCUCCCCUCGAGCGAGCGAGAGGAGAGGAGAGGGAGGGGGAGCGAGGGAGCCCGACCCGUGCGCGCGAGGAGAGGGCCUCCGGAUUACCUAGGAGCCCGCGCCGGCGGCGGCGGUCCAUGGGCGGCGCCUCACCGGCGAUGCGGGCCGGGUGGGUCCUGGUGGCGUUUAUCCUGGCCGCAUCUGGGCCGGGGGCGGCGGUCGUGGCGCUGCCGAGGUUCGCGGAGGCGCCGGAGUACCGGAACGGGGACGGGUGCCCGGCGGCCGUGGCGGGGGCCGGGGUCUGCGACCCGGGCCUCGUGCACAUCGCGAUGACGCUCGACGCGCACUACCUCAGGGGCUCCAUGGCCGCCAUCUACUCGCUGCUCAAGCAUGCGUCCUGCCCCGAGUCGCUCUUCUUCCACUUCCUCGCCGCCGCGGACGGCGGCGGCCCCGGCGCGGGAGCCCCGGAGGUGGGCGAGCUCCGGAGCGCGCUGGCCGCGUCGUUCCCCUCGCUGCGGUUCGAGAUCUACCCGUUCCGCGCCGACGCGGUGACCGGGCUCAUCUCGGCCUCCGUGCGCGCGGCGCUCGAGGCGCCGCUCAACUACGCCAGGAACCACCUCGCCGACCUGCUCCCCAGGUGCGUGCCGCGGGCGAUUUACCUCGACUCGGACGUGCUGGCCGUCGACGACGUGCGGCGCCUCUGGGAGACCCGCCUGCCCGCCGCCGCCGUCGUCGCGGCGCCCGAGUACUGCCACGCCAACUUCUCCCGCUACUUCACCGACGCCUUCUGGUCCGACCCCGACCUGGGUGCGCGCGUCUUCGCGGGACGCCGCCGCGCGCCCUGCUACUUCAACACCGGCGUCAUGGUCAUCGACCUCAGGCGCUGGCGUUCCGGCAACUACCGCCACCGCAUCGAGCAGUGGAUGGAGCUGCAGAAGGAGAAGCGAAUCUACGAGCUCGGCUCCUUGCCCCCUUUCUUGCUUGUCUUCGCCGGCGAGGUGGAGGCCGUCGACCAUCGGUGGAACCAGCACGGUCUGGGCGGUGACAACGUGCUCGGCAGCUGCCGCCCCCUCCACAAGGGUCCUGUCAGCUUGAUGCACUGGUCAGGGAAGGGCAAGCCAUGGGAUCGCCUGGACGCCGGCAGGCCUUGCCCGCUCGACCACACCUGGAAGUCAUACGACCUCUACGUCGACGAUGGCGAUGCGUCGUCGGCAUCAGCGCCUUCCCGGACCUCGUUGUCGUCAUCGGCAUUGCCCGCGGCGGUGUUUUCUUGGUAGACAGAUACGGCACAUACACUAUUAUUUUUUCAUUUGGGUGCCUUGGUUCGUGGGCGGUGAUGGAAUUGCCUUGCAAUUCAUUGCCACUGCAGCCACAGCUGCCACUGCAAGCCAGCUGCCGCCUUCGGCUGUACAGCGCGGAGAGGGGCGGCACAUUGCAGCGGCAGCAAGGAGAAGAGGAACAGUGCAUAGGGGAAGCAAAUUCUUGUUCGUUUGCGAUACAAUUCAGAUUGAUUCAUUAUGCUUUGACCACGGGGUUGCCAGACUAUGGGGUGUUGGAGUUACUUGAUUGGUGGUUGUACAAUUCUUGGAUAGGAUAAAAGCUUUCAGUUUCUUUUUGUGUAUUAGUUCAGAAUUGUUUCAUUUUACGUGAUCAUUCAGUGAACCCGUAUAAAUAUUGAUUGAAUUGGUUGUCCUUCAAUAAAACACAGUGGAUCCUAUUCUUGUU